AUGGCUGUUGGUAAGGUGGACACCUCCAACGAGCGGCAAGACGCGGAGCUCGUGGCACGAGGACGGGUGGCACGAGGACGGGGUAUGUGCGGCAGCUGCGGUCCGCGGAAGACAUUGUCCUCGCGACAGUGGCGGCCCUGGAGGGGGUACAGGAACCUGUUCCCCGCCACUCCCCCCUCCGGCCCCGGCGAGCCAGGCCUGCCAACCACGGCACAGCUGUCACUGCCCAGCGGGCCGGCGGACGAGCCAGACAGGGAGCGGCGCUCCAGGCUCGUGGAAGGAAGGAAGGAAGGAGAGGUCUCGGUCCACUCUCGGCCCUCCGGAGCGCUCAGCGGCCCUCAGGAGUCCCCGCUCGGCGGCCCUCAGGAGUCCCCGCUCGGCGGCCCUCAGGAGUCCCCGCUCGGCGGCCCUCAGGAGUCCCCGCUCGGCGGCCCUCAGGAGUCCCCGCUCGGCGGCCCUCAGGAGUCCCCGCUCGGCGGCCCUCAGGAGUCCCCGCUCGGCGGCCCUCAGGAGUCCCCGCUCGGCGGCCCUCAGGAGUCCCCGCUCGGCGGCCCUCAGGAGUCCCCGCUCGGCGGCCCUCAGGAGUCCCCGCUCGGCGGCCCUCAGGAGUCCCCGCUCGGCGGCCCUCAGGAGUCCCCGCUCGGCGGCCCUCAGGAGUCCCCGCUCGGCGGCCCUCAGGAGUCCCCGCUCGGCGGCCCUCAGGAGUCCCCGCUCGGCGGCCCUCAGGAGUCCCCGCUCGGCGGCCCUCAGGAGUCCCCGCUCGGCGGCCCUCAGGAGUCCCCGCUCGGCGGCCCUCAGGAGUCCCCGCUCGGCGGCCCUCAGGAGUCCCCGCUCGGCGGCCCUCAGGAGUCCCCGCUCGGCGGCCCUCAGGAGUCCCCGCUCGGCGGCCCUCAGGAGUCCCCGCUCGGCGGCCCUCAGGAGUCCCCGCUCGGCGGCCCUCAGGAGUCCCCGCUCGGCGGCCCUCAGGAGUCCCCGCUCGGCGGCCCUCAGGAGUCCCCGCUCGGCGGCCCUCAGGAGUCCCCGCUCGGCGGCCCUCAGGAGUCCCCGCUCGGCGGCCCUCAGGAGUCCCCGCUCGGCGGCCCUCAGGAGUCCCCGCUCGGCGGCCCUCAGGAGUCCCCGCUCGGCGGCCCUCAGGAGUCCCCGCUAGGUGCAAGGGCCGUCCCUGCAGAGGCCUCCAUCUCCUGGCUGUAUGCCUGCAGCAGUCGGAGGAGCUCCGUCGGGAAGCCAGCCCAGCUGGGCGUGUUUGAGGGCUGCCAGGCCUAUAAGAAGGAGACCCGCCGUCACCUGCCCCCCGACGUCCGCAAGAGGCGCGAGCAACAGUCUCGCCGCGACGUGCGGGAAAAUAGGCGGGCUGCUGCCCAGCCUCCGCAGUCAGGCCCCUCAGGCUACCAGGGCCCCCCCAGGCAGAAUCCCUGGGGCCCCCCCAGGUACCCACCGCCCGCCACUUUCGGCCAGUACAUGGCCCAGGCUGGCGUCAACCCCUGGACACCUCUGCAGCAGUGCAGCCAGGGGUACAACGAGCUGGAGUACCCAGUCCUGGCCAACAACCCUUGGCUGCGCAAGCCAAGGGGGCCCCAGGGGCCCAAGAAAAAUGCCACUGGCCACAAAAAUGGCCAGGGCAAACCGCAGCAGCCCCCCCAGGAGAGGGCACAGCAGCCUGCUCGCGAUAAGCAGCCUGCCCAGCCCAAGCCGCUGGCCACCAGACUGGCUCCAGCAGCCCCGGCGCAGCGAACGCCCCCGCCCAGGCAGCCCCAGGUAGCACCUGCUCCUGAGGCUGACAUGCUGAUCGACUUGGCCUCAGAGCAGCCGACAGCCCCGCCCAUGCGCACGGAGCAGCCAGCCCAACCUGGCUUGGCUGACUUCAUGCAAGUACUGACAAAGUCGAGUACCUUUAACAAGGACUCGACACUGGCCGAAACAAUCGUCCCCAUGUGCCAGUUGAUGGUAAUAUGGUGCGACCCAGCCAUCUCCCUGCCUGACAAAGUCCAAGCCAUGAUGGGCUUCGUACAAACACUUGCUGCCAAGCUUAAUGGCAGCUCGUAA